UCCGUCACCUUUCCGGGCCCAAACAUCUUCAAGAUGCUUUUCACUCAAACUUUGAUCACUCUGGUUCUCACCAGCGUCUCUGUCUCCGUCUCAGCAUUUCCCGUCACCGAGAACGACUCCAACUCCAUCGUCGCUCGUGACGCGACAUAUACAUGCACUCCAAAGAAGAACGACUCAUCAGUGAAGAAGUUCAAAGUCAGCGAAAGCCGCGCUUUGGCCCAGGCCAAGAUUGCUCUGUAUGAGGCGGGAAAGAGCGGUGAUCCGCACCGCUACCACAACGGAGACAACAUCCAGUUUGGAACCAAGCCUUGCAACAAAAAAGAUGCUGAGCUGUGGGAAUAUCCCAUUUACUGGGACGAUUUGAAGAAGGAGUGGAAGAAAGACGAGGCUUCGAAAGAUCAGGCCAAGACCCCUCUUCGUAUCGUCUAUCUGAAGGAUAAGGGGUCUCACGAUGGCCGCCCCAAGCUCUGUGGUGUCAUGACACACUCCGAAGUCGAUGCCAACAACCAGGGCAAAGACUUCUUUGUGAAGUGCGACAAAUAG